AACACUUCACCUUCCAUUUUUUAUUUCAUUCUCCACGAUCACAACACUUCUCAACCACUGCGUUUUCUCCACCGAUACUCCCUUCUUCACGAACCCUAUUUAACCCUAUCAAACGCAACACCGCGAAUUCCAACGAUUUCGACCUUCUCGCUCGAUACGAUAGUUAGAUGCUUAAGCUCUGGUAAGCGCGAUGGCGUCCAAAGGUCCCAGGUCUAAGAUUGAUCACGAGACCAGAGCUAAACGACAGAGGGCUCUGGAAGCUCCAAGGGAGCCUCGGCGACCCAAAACUCAUUGGGACCAUGUCUUAGAAGAGAUGGUGUGGUUAUCAAAGGACUUUGAGUCAGAAAGGAAAUGGAAAUUAGCUCAGGCAAAGAAAGUUGCUUUAAGAGCCAGCAAAGGCAUGUUAGAUCAGGCUACAAGAGGAGAAAAGAAGAUGAAGGAAGAGGAGCAGCGGUUAAGAAAAGUUGCGCUGAAUAUUUCUAAGGAUGUUAAGAAAUUCUGGACAAAAAUAGAAAAGCUGGUUCUUUACAAGCAUCAAAUGGAGCUCGAUGAGAAGAAGAAAAAGGCACUUGACAAACAGCUUGAAUUUCUUUUAGGGCAAACUGAGAGGUACUCAACAAUGUUGGCAGAAAAUCUUGUGGAUACUUAUAAACCAGCAGAGAAAAUUCCUGCUGAGUAUGACAUGAGUAUUCAAUACAAAGAUGUACAUGGAGACUUUAUUAGUGAACCUAAGGAAGCUAAUGUUGAUUAUCAAUUGGAUGCACCUGAGAAUGAUGAAGAAUAUGAUGUACAAUCUGAUGAUGAAUUGGAGGAUGAUGAGCAAACCCUUGAGGAAGAUGAGGCUCUUAUAACUGAAGGUGAAAGGCAAGAGGAAUUGGCAGCUUUGCGUGAUGAAAUGGAUCUUCCAAUUGAGGAGUUACUCAAACGUUAUGCUGGAGAGAAAGGAGAAUCAGUAACGCAAGAAAGUAGUCCAGAGCACAGUGAAGAUGGUGGCAAAAUAGUUAGAGCUGGUGAUGGUGAUGUUAAGGAAGGACUAGCAUCAGAAAAUGGAGAUGAUCUUUUAUCUAUCAGCCAAAUUGGCACAGGCAACUCCAGCAUGGUCCCUGGUCGACGUUGUGAUGAAAUUAAUGGUGUCGUAGCAACGCCUGCAAGCAAUGUAUCUCAAUAUGAGGAUUGUGAACCGGAAAAUUUAAAAGAGGUUCCCAGUGAGACUGUCAAUGAAAAUUUUGCAUAUGAUUUUACUGAUGAAAAGGAAGAUGGUGACUUUUUGCUUGGCGCAGAAGAUAAGGAUGAUGAAACAACCUUAUCCGAGGAGGAAAAACUGGAUAGAGUUGAUGCAAUUGAUUCCAAGGAUGAGAUUGCACUAUUACAAAAGGAGAGUGACAUGCCUAUUGAGGAUCUGCUUGCGAGGUAUAAAAAGGAUGUGAGUGAUGAUGAAGACGAAGAAGAUGGAUCAGAUUAUGCUUCUGCGUUAUCAGAGGACCAUUGUGAUUCUCCAGUCCAUGAAGAUCCUGGGCAGAUGGAUCCUGCUGUAUCUAUGGAUGAAGAUAUUAAGUCUGGUGAGCACCUGGCUGCUGUACAGUCGCAGGAAGAACAGUGGGAAGCACCUCAUGAAAAUUUGGAAGAAAGAGAAAGUGAGUAUAUAAUUGCUGAUGCAGCGGCUGCUGCAAGAUCAGCACAACCAACUGGAAAUACUUUCUCCACAACUAAAGUGCGUACAAAGUUUCCUUUUCUACUCAAGUACUCUCUUCGUGAGUAUCAACACAUUGGAUUGGAUUGGCUUGUCACGAUGUAUGAAAAAAGACUGAACGGAAUUUUGGCAGAUGAAAUGGGGCUUGGAAAAACAAUUAUGACUAUAGCCUUGCUUGCACAUCUUGCUUGUGAAAAAGGGAUUUGGGGUCCGCAUCUAAUUGUGGUACCAACUAGUGUAAUGCUAAACUGGGAGACUGAAUUUCUUAAAUGGUGUCCUGCUUUUAAAAUUUUGACUUAUUUUGGAAGUGCAAAAGAGCGAAAACUUAAAAGACAAGGAUGGUUGAAACCAAACUCAUUUCAUGUAUGCAUAACAACUUAUAGAUUAGUUAUUCAGGAUUCCAAAGUUUUCAAGCGCAAAAAGUGGAAGUACUUGAUCUUAGAUGAAGCUCAUCUCAUUAAAAACUGGAAGUCACAAAGGUGGCAGACACUGUUGAAUUUCAAUUCGAAACGACGGAUUCUCCUGACUGGAACACCACUGCAGAAUGAUCUCAUGGAACUGUGGUCUCUCAUGCAUUUCUUGAUGCCCCAUGUUUUCCAGUCACAUCAAGAGUUUAAGGAUUGGUUUAGUAAUCCUAUAUCAGUUAUGGUAGAGGGAGAGGAAAAGGUUAAUAAGGAGGUUGUUGAUCGUCUGCAUAAUGUCCUUCGUCCAUUCUUACUCCGUCGAUUAAAGCGAGAUGUAGAGAAGCAACUUCCAAUGAAACAUGAGCAUGUCAUAUACUGUAGACUGUCAAAGAGGCAGCGGAAUUUGUAUGAAGAUUUCAUUGCUAGCUCAGAGACGCAAGCCACUCUUGCAAGCGCCAAUUUUUUUGGGAUGAUUAGUAUUAUCAUGCAACUUCGUAAGGUUUGCAAUCAUCCUGACCUAUUUGAGGGUCGUCCUAUUGUCAGUUCUUUUGAUAUGUGUGGUAUUGAUAUUCAGUUAAGUUCUUCUGUUUGCUCCGUGCUUCUGCCUAGUUCCUUUUCAACAGUGGACCUAAGAGGUCUCGGUCUUCUAUUUACUCAUCUUGACUAUAGUAUGACUGCUUGGGAGAGUGAUGAAGUUCAAGCUAUUGAGACCCCUGCAUCUUUAAUCAUGGAACGUACUGAUAUAGCUCACCUAGAAGUAAUUAGGCCUGGACUGAAAUGUCAAAAAAAGCUGCAAGGAACAAAUAUUUUUGAAGAGAUUCAAAGGGCAAUUUGGGAAGAGAGGCUAAGAGAGGCAAAGGAACGUGCAGCAGCUAUUGCAUGGUGGAACUCCUUGAGGUGUAAGAAAAGACCCAUGUACUCAACGACCCUAAGGGAUCUUGUUACCAUAAGGCAUCCUGUAUAUGAUAUUCAUCAGGUGAAGGCAAACCCUAUUUCAUAUUUGUACUCAUCAAAGCUAGCUGACAUUGUUCUCUCCCCGGUUGAACGAUUUCGAAGGAUGACUGAUGUGGUUGAAAGUUUCAUGUUUGCAAUUCCAGCUGCACGAGCACCCUUUCCAGUUUGCUGGUGCAGUAGAAGUGAAACAACUGUGUUUCUGCACCCAUCAUACAAGCAGAAAUGCUCAGAUGUUCUUUCACCGCUACUGUCUCCAAUUAGGCCUGCAAUUGUCCGCCGGCAAGUGUAUUUCCCAGAUAGGCGUCUUAUACAAUUUGACUGUGGGAAACUGCAGGAGCUAGCAAUUUUGUUGAGGAAAUUAAAAUCAGAAGGCCACCGAGCCUUGAUAUUUACCCAGAUGACAAAGAUGCUUGACAUAUUAGAGGCAUUCAUUAAUUUGUAUGGUUAUACUUACAUGCGCUUAGAUGGAUCAACCCAACCGGAGGAGAGGCAGACCUUGAUGCAGCGUUUUAACACAAACCCCAAAUAUUUUCUUUUCAUCUUGUCAACCCGUAGCGGGGGUGUUGGUAUCAAUCUAGUUGGAGCUGACACGGUUAUUUUUUAUGAUAGCGACUGGAAUCCUGCUAUGGAUCAGCAGGCUCAAGAUAGGUGCCACAGAAUUGGUCAGACACGAGAAGUUCAUAUAUAUAGAUUGAUUAGUGAAAGCACCAUUGAGGAGAACAUUUUGAAGAAAGCAAACCAGAAGCGAGCACUUGAUGAUCUAGUUAUACAAAGUGGGGGUUAUAAUACUGAGUUCUUCAAGAAGCUUGAUCCUAUGGAACUAUUUUCAGGUCAUAGAACACUUCCAAUAAAAAAUAUGCCAAAGGAGAAAAACCAGAACAAUGGAGAAGUUUCUGUUACUAAUGCGGAUGUAGAGGCUGCAUUAAAAGAUGUAGAAGACGAAGCAGAUUAUAUGGCUUUGAAGAAAGUUGAACUGGAAGAAGCUGUGGACAACCAGGAGUUUACUGAAGAAGCCAUGGGGAGACUUGAAGAGGAUGAGUAUGUAAAUGAAGAUGAUGAGCCUGCUGAAUUAGUUGAAUCUGUUCCCAAUUUAAGUAAAGAGAACGUGUUAAUGUUAAAUGGAAAUGACCCAAAGGAAGAUAGACCACCCUCUGUUGCUGCCAAAGAAGAUGAUAUUGACAUGCUAGCUGAUGUCAAACAGAUGGCUGCAGCUGCAGCUGCUGCUGGACAAGCUAUCUCAGCCUUUGAGAAUGAGCUACGCCCUAUUGAUCGAUAUGCCAUUCGUUUUCUGGAGCUGUGGGAUCCUAUUAUAGAUAAAACUGCCUUGGAAUCUGAAGUCAGGAUUGAGGACACAGAAUGGGAGUUGGAUCGCAUUGAAAAGUAUAAGGAGGAGAUGGAAGCCGAAAUUGAUGAAGAUGAGGAACCUCUUGUAUAUGAAAGCUGGGAUGCUGAUUUUGCAACUGAGGCAUAUCGACAGCAAGUAGAGGCCUUGGCUCAACAUCAGUUAAUGGAGGAACUUGAAUAUGAAGCUAAACAGAAAGAGGAAGCUGAGGAAGAAAAUUGUGAUUCUAAAAAAAGGACUCAACCAAGUGAUUCGAAGCCCAAACCUAAAAAGAAACCCAAGAAAGCAAAGUUCAAAUCUCUGAAAAAAGGAUCUUUAACCUCUGGCUUGAGACCUUUCAAAGAAGAUCCACAAGCAGAGUCAAUGACCAUAGAUGAUGAGGAUGUCACUAGUCUGGAUUUUGUCUCUCCAAAUUCAAUUAUGCACAAAAAACGUAAGAAGUCUAAAUUAACUACUGAUGGUGAAGAAGAAAAAAGACUCACGAAGUCCAAAAAAGCCAAGAGGGAUCCUCUGGACAUUUGUACAUCAGAUUUAGAAUACAAUUCGUUAGUUGUGCUUGAUGAACAUGCAGAAUCAAAGCAACGCGAAAAUAUGGUUGACUUUGAACAGAAAACAGGUAGCAGGAGUAAGUUGGGAGGAAAAAUAUCCAUAACUCCAAUGCCCGUGAAACGGAUCUUGAUGAUAAAACCUGAAAAAUUGAAGAAGGGAAGUCUUUGGUCCAAAGAUUGUAUUCCACCAGCUGAUUUUUGGCUGCCUCAUGAGGAUGCAAUAUUAUGUGCAGUUGUUCAUGAAUAUGGUCCUAACUGGAGUUUGGUUAGCGAAAUGCUUUAUGGUAUGACUGCUGGUGGGUCAUACAGGGGGAGAUAUCGUCAUCCUGUCCAUUGCUGUGAGAGAUUCAGAGAACUAUUCCAGAAAUAUGUCUUGUUCUCGAUGGACAAUACAAAUCAUGAGAAGAUCAACAGUACUGGCUCUGGCAAGGCUCUUCUUAAAGUUACAGAGGAUAACAUUCGGAUGUUGUUAGAUGUUGCUUCUGAGCAGGGAAAUAAAGAGUUACUACUGCAGAAGCAUUUUUUUGCAUUGCUUUCAUCUGGCUGGAAGGUGGCAUCACAUGUUGACCGCCGGCAAAAUCCAUCGCCUACCUCUAAUGGUGUCUAUUUCGAUCAGAGUUUCUUUACCUCCAUUGGCCAGCAUUCACAGAAUUCCAUGAAGAAACCCUCUGAAAGGAUGACAUUUGCUAAUUUGACUCAGAGCAAGAAAUUAGUAGCAGCUGCACUUGAUGACACCAGAAGUAGACAGGAGAAUGACAAAAUCUUGCUCUCUAAGCAGGGUGAAAACAUGCAAGUGAGUGCAGAUCAGCUGGAUAUAACACUGGAGCUCCAGAAAGCGGAGAGUGAUGCCUUAUCUUCAUUUCCAUCUGUUAUAAAUAUAUCAAUAUAUGGGGCUGAACCAAUACCAUCUUUAAAUAAGCAAACAGGAGAAGAUGAUCAUCUUAAAGUUUGUUCGUCUGGUGCUGAGAAUCGUUUCAGGGAGGCAACCAGAGCUUGUGAAGACGACAGUUCUGGAUGGGCUUCAUCAGCAUUCCCAACAAACGAUUCACAGUCUCGACCUGGAUCCAGGAUACAAUCUUCUGGAAAGCAAAAGUCUUCCAUCUCUGAGUCUACUAAACCUUCUAGGUCGAAGUCCAAAAGAGCUUCAAUGGAUCCUAGUGAAAUGCAUUACCAACAGGGUGAGCAAUUAUUCCAGUCAAUGCUACCACAGGAACUGAGAUUUGAUUUUAAUUCAUCCACUAUGGAUGGAGCUGGAAUUGAUGAUAUGGAUAGCAAUCUCCCCUUUGAUUUGAAUGUGGAAAGUACCUUGGAAAUGGAGAGUUUUGGAGUGGUCCCACAUGAUUACAUAGCUGGUUUGGUCUCAGGCCUUGAUGAUUGGAAUGCAUUCCCUGAAUAUACUGACAUUAGAUAGGGUCAAACCGAGCCUGAAAUGCAGUUUUGAUUAACCCUUCUUUGCCAUUGGAGUACUGGCAUACUCUUGGCAAGUUAGUCUUGUUCAGUUCAUUAAUUACUGUGGGCUUAUUGGAACAAUGCAUUCUUACUGUGCUCUCGUGGGCAUGCCAUUUUGGAUAUACAGGCACAAAAAACAGGUGCAAGUGAACUAGCUUUGCUGCUAGUUUAUACUAGCAAGUAAUGUUAGAGGAGGAUUCUAGCAAGACUGCGGAAGGUUUCACGAUAUGAAAAUACAUAGAUGUAGAACGCUGUCAAUAAUUUAAUUUCUUAGUGGGAGUAUAUAGAUGUUGUGCAUGCACGCGUACAUAUGUUCUUAGCUGGGCAUGCAUUUGGUUUAGUGCUUUCCCUACAUUUUGUUAUGCAAGCUGAACAAAUUAGUAUUAGUGGCUCUUCAUUAACCCCAUUUUGAACAUUUUAUAUGAUUUUAACAUGAGAAAAUGAGA